UUUUGAAAAAAAAUCAAACCAAACAAAUUUUCGUAUUUUUUAUCUCAAAACAUGUUUCUCAAAUACAAACCAAACAAAGUCAAUAUCACUAAAUCAAAAACAAUACAUUCAUGGGCAAAACUGUCCACUCCCAAAUAAUGGGACCUUUGGGUGUACAAAACUAAAUAUGGGACUGAUUAGAUUACAAUUCCACAUUUUAGGAUUUAUGGGUCAAUUCCCCUUUAUUUUAUGUCUAAAAUAAUUUUUAGAAUUUUUAUUUAUUAUUUAUUUGUUAUUUUUUUAAUAAAAUUUGUUAUUCCUUAACUUUUUUAAACUUAUCUUCAUAUAAUAAAUAAAUUUAAAAAUAACUAUUUAAUGUAUCCCUGUACCCGUAUCCUAAUUUGGAUCCAUAUCCAUGUGUCCUUAAUUUUUAAUUUUGAAGUGUCUGACCCUUAGAUACAUACCCACACCCGAUACCCGCAUCCGAGUCCGUGUAAUGUUGAUCAUUACUUUUUCUCUUUGAUUGAAAUUAUGCUUUUCUUUUUCAAAGUCAACUAAAAAUUACAAGAUUAUGAGAGUACAUCUGGAAUUUAUGUUCAUACUGUAGUCUUGUAGUAGGUAUUUAUUUAAUUAUUAUUAUGAUAAUAUUUUUGUAAUGUUCCAUUUAACUUAUGUGAAGUUUUGAUAUAUAUUUUUUACUUUGCCAUCACUUUUUCUAUUUGAUUGAAAUUAUGCUCAUUCAUGUGUGCAUUUUCUCUUUGAGUUCUGGUGGCUAAUUAGCCAAUCACACUUCAGUUGAAUAACUGUCGUUAUGUGUGAGUGGUCAGUAAGCCCACCUAUAGCAUGGUGUCAGCUGCCUUGUAAAGUGAAGGGAAGUUUUGUUUCUCUCAUAGGUUAUUGACUACAUCUCUAAAUCUAUAAAAGCCAUAUGAAGAUCUCUUUUCUUCUCUCCGUACUACUCUCCCAAUGUUGUUGAAUUUGUUGACCGAAAUGAUGGAUCCGUCUUAUCGGCCUAGCUUAAUGGUUGCUGGUAAUAAUGGAGCUGGCGUUCCACCAUUUGCUGGGUCAGACUUGGUUUUGAGCCCUUCACAAUGGAGUAGUCAUGUUGUUGGAAAAAUUAGCUCAUGGAUUGACCUGGAUUCGGAAGAUGAGAUACUCAGAAAGGAUUCUGAAAUUGCUCUCAAGGAAGAAAUAGCUUGGGCAUGUCAUCUCUCUUUACAGGCUUGUCUUCUUCCUACUCCUAAAGGAGCAUCCUGUGCUAAUUAUGCUAGGUGUGUGAAUCAGAUUCUACAGAAUCUGACCAACAUGCAGUUGUGGCUUAGGAUUCCAUUGGAGAAGUCUGAUAAUGAUGCUAUGAAUGGGAACUCUGAUCAUCUGAGUGGAGGACAGGUCGAUUCUUGGGAAACAUGGAAUUCCUUCCGUCUUCUAUGUGAACAUCACAGUCAGUUGUCCAUUGCCCUUGAUGUUUUGAGUUCACUGCCUUCAUCAAAUUCAAUUGGAAGAUGGUUUGGGGAAUCUGUUAGAGCAGCCAUAAUUCAUACCAGUUCUUUUCUAACAAAUGCUCGGGGAUAUCCGUGUCUGUCAAAGCGUCACCAAAAGCUGUUGUCUGUGUUUUUUAACCAUUCAAUACAGGCAGUAGUUUCUGGGAAACCAGAGCACAGCCUUCCCACAGGAAGUUCAGAGUUGGCUGUAAAUCACAUUGACGGUCUUCAGAGACAUCCCUUACGGCCAUAUUUAGACUAUGUUGCUUAUCUAUAUCAAAGGAUGGAUCCUCUUCCUGAACAAGAACGUUUUGAGCUUGGUUACAGGGAUUUCUUACAGUCGCCCUUGCAACCUCUCAUGGAUAAUUUAGAGGCCCAAACAUACGAAACAUUUGAGAAGGAUAGUGCCAAAUAUAUCCAGUAUCAAAGAGCAGUCUCCAAAGCUUUGAUGGACAGGGUCCCAGAUGAAGAAGCAUCUAUGAUAACCACUGUACUGAUGGUUGUGGGAGCUGGACGUGGACCUCUUGUUAGAGCAUCGUUGCAGGCAGCUGAAGAAACUGGACGGAAGUUGAGAGUUUAUGCAGUGGAGAAAAAUCCAAAUGCAGUUGUCACACUUCAUAGCCUGGUUAAACUAGAGGGUUGGGAGAAUAUGGUUACCAUAGUUUCUUGUGACAUGCGUUGCUGGGAUGCUCCUGAGAAAGCGGACAUUUUGGUUAGUGAAUUGCUGGGUUCUUUUGGUGACAAUGAGCUGUCACCUGAGUGUCUUGAUGGAGCUCAAAGAUUUUUGAAGCCAGAUGGAAUAUCAAUUCCAUCAUCGUAUACAAGUUUCAUUCAACCAGUGACAACAUCAAAACUGUAUAAUGAUGUUAAGUCACACAAAGAUCUUGUGCACUUUGAAACUGCUUAUGUUGUCAAACUGCACCGUGUUGCAAGGCUUGCACCCUCCCAGCCUGUCUUUACGUUUACUCAUCCAGAGUACUCAAUUACAAGAAGCAAUCAGCGGUAUAUGAAGCUUCAGUUUGAGAUGCCCAAUGACACUGGAUCAGCCUUGGUUCAUGGAUUUGCUGGCUAUUUUGAUGCAACACUUUACAAAGAUGUCCAUCUUGGUAUUGAGCCAUCAACAGCAACGCCAAACAUGUUCAGCUGGUUUCCAAUAUUUUUCCCGUUGAGGACUCCAGUGCAAGUACCACCCGGUUCUCCUUUAGAAUUUCACAUUUGGCGUUGUUGUGGUUCGACUAAGGUUUGGUACGAAUGGUGCGUGACUUCUCCCAGCUCAUCUCCUAUUCACAACAGCAAUGGUCGUUCGUAUUGGGUCGGCCUCUAAGAGUACUAUCUGUAUCCGUAGAAGAUAAAAGUGCGCGCAGAGAGAAGCCGCGCACGAGAAAGCCGCUUCAAGGUACGAUCUCUUGACUAUAGGUUGUUGCCUUAAUUUUAUUCUUAGAAGUGAGUGACAGCAGCCCUAAUAGCUGUUAUAGUAUAGUAUCCAAUGAGUUAGAUGGGGGAGAGGACGACUGCAGAUGCCUGAGCUUGACUCCCCAAGAGGGAUCCAAAUGUACAAUUUUCAGAAUGAUUUUUUUGUUUGUUUGUUUGUAUAAACGUACAGUUGUCUCCCAUAAAAUUUAUGAAUAUUUCCAAAAACAACAAUGAU